UCCAACAGUUGACUGCAAUUGUCAGCAUGGUGAAUACAUUCGCCAGGUGAACGUGUGGUCGCGGAUCGCGGAGUAAACAAGCUGCGUUUCCAAUCACUUGUUUGGCUUCUCGCAUUGACCGGAGGUCAUGCAAAGUUUCGUCCGCCUAUAGAUCUUUCUAGUUACGAUCGAACGAUCAUACCCACGUUGAGGAAUAUAGUUUCUUGACGAGAUUCGCUAGAUACUUCGAUCACAGUGUACUGAUUAUAAGCGGAAUCUCUCAAUAAGGAGGAAUAUUGACCAUACAGUCAUACAGGCUCCCACACCAGAGGCGCGGAACUACGGGAGCUUUUUUCAGUCAGUUUCAAGAUGAGGAAUCACCUCUGCUGUUCCAUGAGCAAACUUCUGUCAGCAAGGUGCCUCUGCCGUGCCGCUCUUGUAGUGUUAUUUUCGGUUACGUUUGCUAGUGUUGGUUUAUGGAUUCAUUCCAAGACGCUACUUGAUGUGACUCGCGGGGUGCCGCCAGAAAGUUUAAAUGAAGCAUCGUUCUUAAGACAUGAGGCCGAGUUCGAGAAGCAAGACCACCUGUUGACUGUCAAACCGUCAUCACGUGCAUCUUCCUUUGCUGACGAAGUUCGAGCUCUGGCCAAGGCCUUACCAGAGCGGAAGAUUGUCCUGACCACAACCAAUUCGGGAUUCCUAGAUUUCACCCAGAACAUGCUGUUGAGCAUCCAGCGAGUCGGGAUCCAUCCGGAAGUGGUUGUGAUUUGCGAGGAUACGGCAACUUACAAGACCCUCCGGCUCAAUGAUUCUUACGGAGUCCACGUUUUGAAACCCACCAAUGCCAUUCCUGAGGCGGGAGAAGCGCUCAGCUUUGGCGUACAUGACUACGUCACAUUUAUCAAUAACAGGCCCAAGUAUACACAUGAGUUCAUCAAGCAAGGCUUCGAGGUCUUUUUCAUCGAUUCAGACACUUUCUGGUUCAACGACCCGUUUCCGUAUUUCAAAGGGGACCAGUACGACGUUGCCUUCAUGAGGGAUUACCGCAGAGUUUUCAAUGCUGGGGUAGGGUUCUACCGACCCACCAACCGCACCGAGUACUUCUUGCGAUUCUGGAUCUGGAUCCUGGAGACCCAGCCCAAGCACAGACAAGACCAGCACGUCUUGAACUACCUCCUCUCCUCCAAGCUUAACGCUGGCAUCAAGGUCAGAUCUCUGAGCUUCCAAGUUUUCCCAACUGGCAAGAUUUUAUACGACUGGGAUCAUGAAGUAUGCAGAAACGUCACCAAGAAAACGGCACUCUUUCACGCUGCCUUUAUAGCCAACCAUGACAACAAAAAGAAAGUCUUUGAUAUCUGUAAGAUAUGGCUACUAAAUUGAACCACCUCCCCCACGAAAUAAAAUAAUGCCUAAGACAUUGAGGAUGAAACAAGCUAAAUCGCACAUGACAAUGCGAUAACAGUAAAAUGCGCUUCUUUUCCUUUUACAAGAUUUGGUAAAACUGGACAUCCGCAUAGCACAUAACUUCAAACUUCAAAAUAAAAUAGUGAUGAUAUAGGCCUAUUAUUACGCAAUCAGAAAGUUAAAUCUGUUACUAUACGAUAUGUGUUUGCAAUAUAAAAUGAUAUUGUAAACACAAUCAACAUGUGUAAAUAAUUGAAACAAAUAUUUGUUGACACACAAAAAGUCGCUCCAAAUAAUGUCUAUAGAACUAUCUUUUUGCAUAAUCCAAAUGUACAUAAAGUUAGGGCCUGUACGUCUAAAAAUUAUAUCCAAAUUAUGUUGAUUAUAAGUUGCACUGUGCAUAUACCUUAGUUUACUUUUCUACAUUUAUGUUUGUUAUAAGUCAUGAUGUUGUUUACCUGUAUGAUUUUAUUUGUUUUUGUUUGUUUCAUUAACUUGUUAAAGUGAUUUUUGAUAUUUCCAACUUGUUAAGGGCCUUGUUGAAGACUUCUUUUAUGUUACCCUAGAUAAAGAUAAACACUUAAACUUACAAUGGCGGUUAUUAAAUUUCCAUCAGGACUUUGUACAUGGAUUAUUAAAGUUGGAAUGAUGAAAUAAA